AUGGGUAAUUGUGUGACCAACAGAACAAAAAUAUAAACCAAUCUUGAGAAACCCCAAAAGUUGUAUAUUCACUAAGCUUUUGUGAGACAAACACUAACAAACCCAGAAUCUCGUAAACAGCUGUUGUUAUUUGAAGACAAUUUCAUCGACAUGUUUGAUGAAAGUCCUAUCUUGGGUUAGAGCAUGUAUUGGUUUUUGUUGGGUCUACAAAAUAAUGAAUAGAAGGGCAUUGAAUAUGAAACCAUGCUCUAAAUAUCCGAAGUCUUUAUUUUGGGCAAAUCAGAAAAUGAAGUUCUGAGAUUACCAAAUAGGGUUUCUCUAAUUGUAUUAAUAGUCUCACAAUUUGGUAAUUUGAAUAUCUAGGAUGCGAUCAAAUAAUUUGCCUCCUUGGAAAUCACUUAUUUAUAGACUGCGAAAUGUAUGCAAGUGUUUGUUAAUAUGAUGUUAAGAAAACAGAAUCCCAAUGAAUAACCUAUCAAAGCAUUUGUAGAUGCAAUUUUCUAGAAAGUUAAUGGCAACGUUCCAAUCUUGCAGCUAAUCAAAUUUUUUGAUAAUUACAUGACACAGUUAGAGGAGAUUGUCGAAGAUUAUUAUUACAACAAAUUUCUGGGAGAAUAGAAAUUAUUUCGUAAUCCUUAAUUGCAACAUCCCUCUCACAUAUUAAAUCAAGAAUGGAUAGCAUUUAUGUACUUGAGUUUCAUGCACAAAGACAGUAACAAAUUGGAACUUCUAUACUCCACCAAUGUCCACGAGAGGAACUUUGAGUUAUUGUCUCAUCUUCUUACUGAAUGUUAAACAAGUGUGCUAUUCUUAAUCUAGUGUGAAGAAGGUAACCGAAAGUAUGUUUUUGGAGCAUACACUAAUUUUGAAUGGAAGGAUGAUGCUUAGCCCAAUGGCAGCAAAGAAGAUUGUGUUUUUCAAAUGAUCCCUUAAUUUAAAGUGUACAAAACAAAAAACGACAAAUUCACUAGAUCAUAGUAUACCUAUCUAAAUUCAAAGAAUUAAGAAUUAAAAUUAGGAAUCGGAUUUGGAGGAGAAUUAGCAAAGGAAUUCAGACUCUUUCUUAAUUAAGAUAUACUAAAUGUGUAAUGUAAAACUCAUGAUAAAACCUAUGAGCCUGGAGAAUUAAUGCUCUUGAAAUAAGCUAAGGUUUCUAUUCUAGAGGUUUGGACAAUUUAGUAGAUCUAAGGUACUACAUAAUUUAAGGAUCUGAUUUAUUAAAAGAUAGAUGAAUAGAUUGAAUUAGAAGAGUUCGAAAAUCCACUAGUUCAUCUUGAUGAGGAUAUCAGUUCUUAUAGAUCUGGUGAUCAUCCAUCACUUAAUGAAUCUAUCGAUUAAUUCAAACAGAAGGAUUCAUGCGAUUGGGAAGGAGAGAGUUAAAAUGGAUUUGAAGAAGAGAUCAUUAUAAGAGGGGAUGGAUUUGAAGAAGUGAAGAAAAAUGAAUAAGGAUUUGAAGUCAUUCCUUUGAAUGAAGCUAGUAUCAAUAAAAAAAGUACCAAUGUACAAAACCCAGAAAAGAUACCAUAACCACCACAACAAGAGGACAAUCAAUUUGAAGAGGUUCUGAUCAAAACAACCUAAUCUAUGGAUUCAUCUGCACUUUAGAUGGUGUACAAUGUCGUUUCAGGAACCUUUGGACAGGCUGAAUCAGAUGAUAAUUGGAAUGGGGAUAACUCAGAUUGGAAAGGCAACGGAUCCACCACCGCCAAACAAAGUCGAGUUCAAUUAAGUAAGGAUUUGGCUACAAUCACUGAGGAUCUCAAGGAAUCUACCAAUACAUAAUAUUGA